UGCUCUUUGAGCAUCUUUGAGCAUCUUUGCUCUGCGGAGCUUUCCUUAUUAUACUGCAAAACCGUAACGUUGGGACCUUGAACCGAAAAAAAUAAUACAGCGUUUAGUCCAAUUUCCUCGUUGACCUAGUUACUUAAUACCACCAAACGGCGGAACCACCAUGGAUACAUCGAAAUCUUAUCCCGGUUCCUUAUCAACGGUGCUGGUUUUGCAUGUUAGCACGCAGAUCUCGAGUUCGUUCAACCGCAUGAGGAGUGCUCCGCGUUCUGACAUGGGCUAAAAUGUGAUAAGUAGCAUCCUCUGUACACGAACAUCUGUGGUCAAACUGUAAAAUGUUUCUAUACGUGAACUUAAGCGAAAAGAUGCGACACUAUAUGAUCAUUCUUCGCUCUCUUCGCUGCGCCGCAUAAACUAGUACACGGUAAUUUUAAACCUGUUCCAAUGAAGUGCUUCAAUCCUAGACAUCUGUCACUACGUAUCUCGUGCGUUGACAUGUUGCGCGUUAUCAUUGCCUUCCUGGUGACGCGAAGCGUGUGUUGUAAGGACGUAUUUGUUCCUUUGGGAAGAGAAGUGUUUUUACUGCCAGAUGACAUCGAUGUUUCUAAUUCCGGACAUAACUGUGUCGUGGAGGUCUCAAAAGAAGAACCCCUGAGUAACACUGUUGGCACUCUUACCCCUCAGACGUUCCCAUGCAGCUUCACCCAUGGGCAGGUGAAAUAUAUCCACUACGGCUCCCUCUAUUGGAAGAAACAAACCAUUCCGCUUCAUAUAUUUAACAUACGCGGGAACGUAACUGAAGUGAAGCGAUCAUUCCUGAACAUUGUCGUCGAGGAAGGUCCUCCCUCACAGUUUCUGUGGCCUCAUCGCUCACUGAAGGUUAAAGCGGCUCUCGGACUCUCGGAUCCACUCGACACCUCCAUGCUCUCGCUUCCCGUUCAGGACGCACUUGACUGCAGAAUCCAUUUCUCCAGUAACAGCAACUGGCCAGCUUAUGGUGGUCUUGUGGCUGGAAGUCAGUUUAAACCAGUCGAGUCUAUCGCGCGAAGGUGCGAAGAUUUUUUAAAUCUCGGCAUACGCUACAAACACCGGAGGGUGUCGUCGCCGAACACGGACUUCAUCCGCCUCAAGGCAGAGCUGAGAGGACCCGGCCACAAGCAGAUACGCUCGGAGUGGGUGCAAGUUCUCGUUGAAAUCCAUUCGGGUCAUUUGAACGAGCCUCCCGAACUUCCAGCCGCGCAGACGAUUCCACUGAGUGGGGGUGUUCCAACACCAUUUACGAUUGAUGGAGCAAGAGACAGAGAGUCCGAUAAGGUCAUACUCAAUGUCACUCGCUCGCCGACCAGGGGUGACAUUGUAUGUCUUUCAUUUCUCCUUCCGUGCACUUCGUUCGAUGACCGAGAACCCGUAGCCUACCUGCCUCGUACGAUCGGAGCAGACGGCGAACCCGAUUAUGCAGAAGUCGUAGCGCUCGACAACUUUUUCCGGUCGAGUCGUCCGUUGAGGCUCAUUUUCUCGCCACCUUCCGCCGGAAAAAAUGCCUCGACAGCGGCAGUGGUUCGUGGACUGUUUAUUCUGGAAGGCACAUCGAAGGCGAUAACAGACUCUCACCUCUUCCUCCCUGCCCAAGCCAAUAUCUUCCUAACUGGCGGAUUGUUCCACGGAAGGAUAGAGGUCGGCGGAAGGAUGGUGUCCUACUUCACAACGAGCGACGUCAUUUCCGGACGCGUGUCUUACUGCCACGACGAUGGUGACAGUACGGUUGACAGUGCCCACUUUCUAGUGACGCAACCGUUAGAUGAUGUCGACAGAGAAAUCUCUCUUCGUCUUCCAAUUAAAAUUCUCCCGAAAGAUGACCAAGCACCAAUGCUAGUCGUCAACCGCGAGCUGGCGGUGCUCGAAAUGCAGCAGGUGCCAUUGGGACCGCACGUGCUCUCAGCUCGGGAUCCUGACAGUCCCAAGAGCCAGAUUCGGUACCAGGUAACGAAUGUUCCGCAAAAUGGGGCUCUCAUCAGAAGACACACUGCCACUCCAGGGCUCGAGCCCAUAAUCCAAAUUCGAGGCUUCAGCGAAGAUGACAUCGACGAAGGCGUAAUAAUCUACAUUCACCGAAAUAAUGGGACUUUCUCCGACUCCUUUGAGGUGGUUCUCGAAGAUGGCAGCUCUCCUCCAAACCGUUCACCGCCUGCGGUCGUCCUCAUCACUGUCGUCCCUUCGAGCCCCCCACCAGAGCCAGACCCAGACAGUUCCUUCCUCCUAGUAACACCGGAGACUGAAUCGCAUGCUCUCACCCGUGCUCAUAUCAACUUCAUCGACAUCAACUCGUCUCCCGCGGACCUCCGGUACACUCUACGAGGCCCGCCACACGUUCUGGAUGGCACCGGCUUAUCUCGCAGUCCUCCUGGCUGGCUGGCAGAUCCGGCACAGCCUCUCACUCCAUUGGACAGCUUCACGCAGGAGCAAGUUGAUCGUCGUCAAGUCAUCUACUACGCUGGUGUAGAUGAUAUUGGUUAUUAUCAGCAGAAGGUGAUCUUUGACAUGACGCUCGAAGGAAGGGAUGGCAGAAUAGUACCUGGAGUUGUCUUCAAUGUUAGCGUGCUGCCCGUCAACAACCAGCCUCCCACAUUUCACACGGGGACAUUAAUGCUCGACGAGGGAACGACGGCAGUCAUCACGACCACGGAGCUGAGGGUUCACGACCCCGACACCCUCCCCACCGAUCUCCAGAUCAGCGUUCUGACCGUUCCCCUGCACGGUUGGCUCAACCGAAACGGUUACACCCUCAGAGUGGGAGACUUGUUGUCACCGGAAGACAUCUUUGCGCUUCGCAUGGAGUACAAGCAUGACGACUCUGAAAACUUUGAGGACGAAUUCACGCUCGGAAUAAACGACGGCGUCAACUUUGCGAGCGGACGCCUGGAAGUACAGAUAAGACCCAUAGAUGACGAGCCCCCUCGGUGGCUACCCGGCCUAGUCAGAAAAAUUCUGGUCGAAGAAGGGUCGCAGAUUGUCCUGACCUCCGAGGUACUUUCCGCAGUGGACGCCGAUACAGACAACGAACAGCUCCAUUUUAUAUUGACAGACAUGCCUCGCCACGGGGAUGUCACUGUAGGAGGGAGAAUGGCAACACGCUGUACGCAGGCAGACGUUCGGAACGGCAAGGUGAUGUAUCGCACAAAGGAAACCGAGAUCGGCGCACACAGUCAGCACGACAGCAUGACUUGGCUAGUCAGUGACCGAGCCCUUCCAUCUGCGGGACCUCACCUGCCUCGUGUCGUAGAGAUACUAGUCCUGUCGCACAACAAUCGGGCGCCGCAGGCCGCAGUCAGGGGCACCCUGCGUGUCACCGAAGGCGGUCGUGUCAGAGUCGACGUCCUCGCAGCGUGGGACGAGGACAACGACCCGCAGGAUCUCAUCUUUCACGUGUCCGAGGAGCCUCGAAUCGGCUUUCUCGAAAACGUUCGUCCUCCUCAACCAGGAGCUUCCGGACCUGUGACGGGUCUUGGCAAGAAGGUGCUGGCCUUCUCUGCGAAAGAUGUGCUUGAAGGAUUGGUGUCAUACGCGCAAAGCCGGCACAUAGCUGCCGAACCAAUUUCGGAUGAGGUGACACUAUACGUUUCGGAUGGCCAGUUCAAUUCUUCUCAGGUGACACUUGUGAUCGAAGUCGUGGGCGUAAAUGACGAGGUUCCAACUGCCGAGGCUCAGAACCUGACACUUGAUGAGGGUGACUUGGUGCUGUUUACUCAAGAACUCAUCCAGAUCCAUGAUCCAGACACACCUCCGGAUCCAAUAGUUGUCACCGCAAUGGCACGACCAAAGCAUGGUUCCCUCGUAAAAUUAAUCGAAGGAAACGGAGAGAUGGUCGAAGCCCUUUUUACGAGCACCAGUGUGGACGAAUUCUACGGUCGCGUCGGAUAUCACCACGAUGGAUCAGAGAACUUUCAUGACUGGUUCGCCCUUAAUGUUUCCGAUGGGCUUCACACAACACCGCUCGAGGUAUUCGUGACUGUCUCUCCCAUCAACGACGAGCCACCACUCGUACUGCGCAACCUGGGAGCUGUACUGCCAGAUGGAAAAUACUCUGUUGCCAUUACAGAAGAUAAUCUCCUCAUUGAAGAUAGAGACACCUCUGCCAACGAGGUCGUCUGUUUUAUCACCCAGUUUCCUCAUCUGGGAACAAUUUCGGGAUUGAGGAACGAUUCAGUAUCUUUUACACAAAUGGAUAUCUUGGAGAACAAACUCAGUUACGUUGCCGAAAAUGAGACUACGAACGUCAGUGACGAAUUCUUUUUCAUCUGCUCCGACGGCGUUCACAACACAUCAGAGACAACUUUUCAAAUUACACUUCGACCUCAAUUAUUCGUCACGUCCAUGGGAGCUGUCGUGCAAGUCGGUAAAAAGGUACUGAUUGAACCAAAUGCACUCUACGCGAGCGAUGUUCCAGACCCUCCAACAACCAUCAUCUUCAACGUCACCCAAUCUCCACGUUCCGGAUAUCUGGAGCUAAGUGCCGCACCGAACACGAUUGUGACAAACUUCACAAUGGCCGAUGUCCUUCUCCGACGUUUGAGCUACAAGCACACGGGCGAAGAAAGCGGGUCAGAUCGGUUCAACUUUGUCGCCUCGCUUCCCAGUGGUUCCCGCGACGAAGGCACCUUUCUCAUCACGGUGCGACCCGCUGCUCGACCCGACAUGCCGCCGACCUUACACGUGCUGCUGCCGUUGAGGGUGGUCUCCGAGGCUCCGAAGGUUCUCACCUCUAAGCACCUGUACGCGAGAGACGUGCUCUCGCCGCCAAAGAACGUCACGUUUGAAGUUCUCAAGAAACCAGAGCACGGGGUCCUUCUGCUCAAUGGGGUUCAGUUAGCGUCGGAGACAUUUACGCAGGACGACGUGAAUCAUGAGCGCCUGGCGUAUCAGCGUCCGAGUUCGAGCGUGCAUCCGUCGGAUCACUUUCUCUUCCGAGUGUCGAAUAAUCGAGUGCCCGGGUUCAUGUUCCGAGGGCUUAGACGGAUCAAGCCAGUGAAGUUUGAAAUCUUGCUCGUAAACAUCAUUGGAAGCAUUCCAAUCGUCACAUUCUACAAGGUCAGCAGAGCCUUCAGGCACCACCCAGGGGGUCAGUGGCGGCUGUCGUUAAACGGCUUUGUGCAGAGCCAAGAUGUCGGCUCCAGUGCCAACCAAGUCCUGUACUUGGUGACAGAGACACCCAGAAGGGGACAUCUGUCACCGUGUGACGCCCCUCCAAGUACAUCUCUCUUCUCGUUCACACAAGCCGAACUUGAAAACGGGCACGUGUGCUACAUGCUGGACAAUGACGAUGCCACACAGGACGGCAUCUCAUUCAAAGUCCAGAAUAAAGAAGGCAGGACAGUGGGGCCUUACAGGCUGGACCUCAAGUGGACGCAAGUUACUCCGACGGAGCCGGAGAUAUUUCUGUGCAGUUACGACGGCAGCGUGUCCGUCGGAUUUCGUAGGACUGGAGACAUCCUCGAAAGUGCUACCGUAUCUCUGAAGGUCUUCACUCCGACAGGCGAGAGGGCCGUCAAGGGAAACCUCACUAUGAAGUUUGAUGCCGGGAGUACUGCAUCGAACUGGACAGGCACGAUUGACAGCAACGCGACGAAUCAGUUUGUGAUAGAAGCGACACGGAUAGAAGGCGGGAUACUCCAAGCUCCGGUACCGGUACUCAUCACGCUGCUGGAUCCCGAGUCAGACCUCUGUUCGAACGUGACGGAUUUGGUUCCGACGAGGAACUUUCUAGAAGAAUCCGGCCUGGUCAAUACUUCGGACUGCAAAAGUUCACCACAGACAACACUGAGAUAUGACGAGGCAACGAGGCGCAUUCAACAAUGUGUAAGAAACACGUGGGUUCCAUGGCACAGCAAAACACACAUGAUGCAAGUGCUGUCCAUUAACAGCAAUUCUGCUUGCAUGAAAGGCUGGCAACCUUGGCACGACCAAUGCUACAAGUGGUUCCGUAAAGGGGCGACAUGGGCGUCGGCCAAAGAACGCUGUCAACAGUUGGACGCGGAGCUGGUGACCGUGCUUUCACCGUCCCACCGUGACUGGCUGGCCCAACUUUCCCGCGAAAGGCCCUUCUGGAUCUACGAAGAUAUUUCUGCUUCACUCCGAUCUCUACGCCGCCUUCCGUGCCCACUCCAAAAAGGCACGCACGCUCCUUUACACAAGCACUGCGGCCAAAUUCACGGUUUUAUGUGCAGCACGAGAAAGCCACACGACUGAGUACAACCGUCAGCUUUUUUUUAGUUGGGUUUUGAUUAAAUGUGUCGCGUUUACGAGAACCUGGUUGUGGAGUUGAGGAAUUGGGUUGUUGUAUAGAUUCAAGUUGAAAGAAAGCGUAAAUGUACAGCUCCUGUCAACUUUAAUAAUAACACUGGAAAAGUUUCAUUUCCCAGCGUAAUAACAGGCACCCUUGGUUACUGGGGGAAUGUAAUGUUAAUAAAAUCCUGGUGUUAAACUAAUAUAAUAGUUUUGUUCAAUUAAGAUUUACUUUGUGUUUUUUUUAGUGUCAUUAUUUAGGUUUACCGGAACUGCACAAGUUAACACAAGUUGACAGCUCUGUAUUGUCAAUUUCUUUCCACAGACCUAGUUCAUAUGUGUGUUUACUUAAAUAUGAAGCAAAAAUGCUUCAUGCAGUAUUUGCUUUGCAGUUUCUUUUUUUUUUUUUCAGUAGGCCAGGGAAGAGGGUCUAGCUACCUAUAUGCUUCCCAUGAACCACACAUGAAGUAUUGUUGAAUGUUGUGUCAUCCACUCAGCUGUCAAAUCCUGCUGCAUAGCAUAGGGCCUCAAUUGGCUUUGCAAUUAAAACCAAAAUGUGCACUGAUCCACUCAUUCACAUGCAGUCUAGCAGGCUUUGUUCAAGAGGCAAAUGUUUCUGGGCAGGUUGGACUGAGCAAAAGUAGGCCCUUAACCCCUGAACGUUACAAGAGCGGUGCCAAAGGUAUCCGCACACGGGACACAUCUCACUGGAGACGUGUGCUUUCUCUCACAAAAUGUAUGCACAAAGUGGACAAAUAAAGACGCUAACAUAUUAAAACAGCGAGCUACGAAACAAACCAUG